GUAUUCACGCUGUUCGGGAGCUGCAUGAGGUUCUUCACAACACCGGCUUGGUAGCCUCAGCAACAAACAGAUGGCUGAAAAAUUAUCAGAGGAGAAUGGACAGACGUUGCCAGAGCCCAAGGAAGAGGAAGAAGAAGAGGAGAUGGAGGUCACAAUGACAACGCAACUAGAAAAUCUAAAUGUAACCCCCACCGACGCAGAGACAUCUUCAAAUACACAAACACAUCCAGAGUCAACAGGAGCAAUGCUUUCUUCAGACACUGUGUGUAGACCAGAGGACUGUGAUGAUGAUGAUUCAGAGGAUUCAGACAGUGACAGCUCGUCUUCCUCCUCCUCCUCUUCAUCGUCCUCCUCAUCCUCGUCUUCUCCCUCUGCCCCCAUUUUUGAGGAUGAUGAUGAUGACGAGGGUUUCAGCCAACCAGCUCCAAUCAAAACUAGAGAUGAAGUUCUGCUCGAGGAGCUGCCAGCAGUGGAGGAGGUGUGCGUGUUGUUACCAGAAGAUGCAGAGCUGCAGCCUAUAGGAACCAUCUCUAGCAUUAUACAGCAACUUGUUGUCAUCCAGUCUCUGAAAGACACGCCCCCUCUGACUGAUGACAGCAUCAUCUUUACAUCUGACAGGCUUGCGGUUGGCAAGGUGUUCGAGGUGUUUGGCCCAGUGACAAGCCCGCUGUAUAUUUUGCGUUUUAACUCCUUGGACCAGAUAAGCAGCAAGGGGCUGAAGGAGGGAGUGACGGUGUAUUACGCACCGACCAUCAAAGAGUACACAAGAGUCAUCCUCACACAACAGCUCAAACUCAUAAAAGGAUCUGAUGCCUCUUGGAAGAAUGACCAAGAACCACCAGAGGAGGCUUUAGAUUAUAGUGAUGAUGAGAAAGAGCAGGAAGCCAAGAGGAAAGGGAAAAACAAAAAGAAGAGGGACAACAACAGUACAGAUAAUCCUGCCAACGUUACCCAUAACACCUUGCAACAGCAGCGUAACGUCCGGGGUUUCCAACCAAGGCACGCAGGAAAUCCACACAGGCACCAGAACCCGAGGAAUAAACACCCACCUUUCAGCCACACACCCCCUCCACCCAGACACCCACACCCACCUCCUGGACACACAAAUGUCCCUCCCAUGUACCUCCCCCCUCCCUGCCCUUACCCUCCGCCUCCUCACCUUUUCCCUCCACCCAACUUCCCUCUGUAUCCCCCACCUCCUCCUCCUCCUCCUUCUUACUUCAAUCCAUCUUUCUCCUCUCAUCUCUGGCCACCAAACUCUAUCCCCUUCGCCGACCUCCCUCCUCCUCCUCCGCCUCCUCCACCCCCACCUCCUCCUCAGUGAAGCCCUCUGUACACGUACACACUAACCAGAGCUCCUGCUGGUGAGUUGAUGUUUUGGUUUAUUCUUGUUGGAGGAAUGUGUCAUUUCUUUGUCGACUGUCAUACAGGACAGCUGGACUUAUUAUCUCUGUGUCAAUCACUGGCUCUGCUUGUAAGCAGUGCUAAUUAGGCUGAAAAAUCAUUGAUUAUGAAUUCAAAUUUAUAUAGCUGAUAAAACCCAGUGAUGUACAGUGACAAACCACAUAUUAAGUCACUGCAGUGUUUUAAGUUUUGAUUAUUAUUUUAUUUUUCUCACUGGUACAGACUUGUUUACCAUGUAGAUCUCCUGAGGGAAAGUAGUCCCUGAUUAAAUUGAUAUUUUUAUUUGUAAUAUUCCAAGUCAAUAUGACUUUUUUUUUCCAAUCAAAUGCCACAGAAAGCCAGUCUUAUCAUCCCAGCAGCAGAGUUUUUCUCUCCAAGACGUUUCUUUAUGCUGGCUUAAAAGGUCUGUAGAAUUCCUUUUCGGUAUCAAUACUGUCAUGUCUUUACUGCCACAAAACGACACGUGUGCGCACAUACAAACAAAAAAUCCUGACCCACCAAAAUUUGUUUUGUUUUUAUCUUCUUCGACUGCUGAAUUUGGUAUGAAUUCAGCCUUACGCCUUGUUCGCACACACACACACACUGAAAUACUGGAGAAGCAACAGGCUGCCAUCCAUUGCCAUUCUAAUUUAUCCAGUCGUAUGAACUUUCCAAACGUGCAUUUUCACUAAAGUGCUACAGUACAAAUGCACUUACGCCUGCGAGUAGCGUGCCCUGAGUGUACCUGAAUACAUGCUUGUAUAUUUGAGUUCAAACUCAUUCCCAAGCCUGCUACUCUGCCAUGCAUCAGACUGUACUGUUUAAAAUCGAAUACAUGCAAUAUUAAUCACACGUAAAAAGCAGUUUAGAAAAAGUUUGUUUUGAUUACCGAUUUGAACACCUUUCUACUAAUUAUGAUAAUUACUGCUAUAUUUUCAAUUCUCCACUAAGGCUUUGUACUUAAAACCUUUCCCAGUGUCAUCUGUUAGUUCUUGUUGCCCUCAUAGAGUCAUCAUGUCUGCAAACAAUGGAAGAAAAUGUGAUGGUUUUGUGGUCUGAAAAAAUAGACUAUGAAAGAACUGUUCAGUUUGGAUUCAGAUGAAGCUACAUGUUUUCAGACCUUCAAGGACUUUGCAGUGGCAUUUGUUGAAAGUAAUCAACUGUCCUGUCAGAAUGUGAAAGUCAUUGUCACUCAUAUGUGAUAUUGUAUAUGGACUGUAUUUUUUACCAGAAUGCUUUGUAAAUAUCAGUAUUUUCCCGUUUGAUGAGCCGUGUCGAUGGGAAAUAAAUGUCUCUGUGUAAGACUGA